AGUUUUGCAAACCCGACUGGCCGGGGCUGGAAACCGAGAGCAGGAUUCCUGGCCGGGCCGUGCGCUGCGGCGGAGGGCAGGUCCGGCUUCGGGACCCACUGCCAGGCUCAGUUCCCCUCCGGGGCUGGGAGGUGGCCCAGGCGCCCGCUUGCGAGCCAGCUGCCUUGCAGCAGCUCGCCUGGCAAGUACCGAGCACCCCUGGGUCGCCCCUAGCCCCGCCGCGGAGGUGGGGUGGGCUGGGCAGGGACCACGUGAACAAACAAGCACAGCAGCAGGCCUGGAGACCCGUGUGUCUCACAUCCUGUUGGCCAUGGAAGGCGUUGGCUUGGGCCACCAGCCUCUCAGGUGAGGCCUGCCCUGGACUCCGUUGACCCCAGGAGUCAUGGCGGAAAGGGCAGACUCUCUGGCCAGGAGACGACGGCCUUGUUGAGAGUCAGUCCAGCUCGGUGCACCUCCGUGCGCCACCUUCAAGAGAGGCACCUGUCCCCGCCGGGCCUCCACGGAUGGGGAGGUGGGCCGUGGACGUGGCCUUUGUGUGGAAGGCGCUGCUGACACUGGGCCUGGUCCUUCUGUAUUACGGCUUCUCCAUCGGUAUCACCUUCUACAACAAAUGGCUGACCAAGAGCUUCCACUUCCCCCUGUUCAUGACGAUGCUGCACCUGGCCGUGAUCUUCCUCUUCUCCGCCCUAUCCAGGGCCCUCGUUCAGUGCUCCAGCCACAGGGCCCGAGUGGUGCUAAGCUGGGCUGACUACCUCAGACGAGUGGCUCCCACGGCGCUCGCCACAGCCCUUGACGUGGGCUUGUCCAACUGGAGCUUCCUCUAUAUCACCGUUUCACUGUACACGAUGACCAAAUCCUCCGCCGUCCUCUUCAUCUUGAUCUUCUCUCUGAUCUUCAAGCUGGAGGAGCUGCGCGCAGCUCUGGUCCUGGUGGUCCUGCUCAUCGCUGGUGGCCUCUUCAUGUUCACCUACAAAUCCACGCAGUUCAACGUGGAGGGCUUCGCCCUGGUGCUGGGGGCCUCGUUCAUCGGCGGCAUCCGCUGGACCCUCACACAGAUGCUGCUGCAGAAGGCUGAGCUCGGCCUCCAAAACCCCAUCGACACCAUGUUCCACCUGCAGCCACUCAUGUUUCUGGGCCUCUUUCCUCUCUUUGCCGUGUUUGAAGGUCUCCAUUUGUCCACGUCUGAGAAACUCUUCCGUUUCCAGGACACGGGGCUGCUGCUGAGGGUGCUCGGCAGCCUCUUGCUGGGCGGGAUUCUCGCCUUUGGUCUGGGCUUCUCCGAGUUCCUGCUGGUCUCCAGGACCUCCAGCCUCACCCUCUCCAUUGCUGGCAUCUUCAAGGAAGUCUGCACUCUGCUGCUGGCCGCUCAUCUGCUGGGCGAUCAGAUUAGCCUGGUGAACUGGCUGGGCUUUGCCCUCUGCCUCCUGGGGAUAUCCCUGCACGUGGCCCUCAAAGCCCUCCACUCCCGAGGUGACAGUGGCCCCAAGCCCCCGAAAAGCCUGGGCUCCAGCCCCGACCUGGAGCUGCUGCUUCGGAGCAGCCCACAGGAGGAAGAGGAUGGCCGGGAGGAGGAGUACUUUGUGGCGCAGGGACAGCAGUGACCACCGGGUUGGCCAACACAGGAACUGACACGGUCAGAGGCUCGUGGCCCCUCCCCGCACUCCCCCCCCCAGCUGGAGCAGAGUGGACUGAGCCUCAGUCCCACCCGGACACACCCUACGGGGCCGAGCUGGAGCAGAAUGGACUGCUUGCUGGGUUCUGCGGACCAGGACUCGUUUGUGAGGCCUCUCCACUCUCUAAGGGGACUGACUCGCAGGCUGAGGCCUGCUUACCUGAACAGCGUCUUUCUAGGAGAGCAGAUUUAUUUAUAGUUUGGAAAUAAAUGCUUUCCGGUCCACUGACCGCCUGGAGUUGCCCGGAGGUGUGGGAGCAGGGAAGAUUCUGUGGGUGUGGCCUCUCUUCCCCUGCCAGAGGCCUGGUGAGUGCGUGGUGCCACCACACCUGGCUGCCCGCAAAUAAACUGAACGAGUGAUGUAAGCACUCAA